AGAAAAAGGAAAAUAAUUUAAAGCCUUCCGCUCUCUCUCUCCAUUUUCUUGAUCUUUCAGUGUAGAACACAUAAGAAAGAUAAAAACUUUGAUCACCUUCUGGUUUCGGAUUCUCUGGGCUUCCAAGUCGUAAAUCAGUCUACGUUUCCAUGGAAGACGUUGAAUCCAACGCUACCCUUCCCGAUGAGACGAAAUUCCAGUCACCCGGUUCGACGGGGAUUAGGGUUUCACAGUCCGGACACGGUGCGGCGGAGAACGAAGAGACUAGUGACUCUAUUAUGCAUGAUUCUGGAGAUUCUUUGUCCGAUUCGAUGCUCUGUGAUCCAAAUUCGAGAUUUGUACCGACCGGUUUUACAAAACCCAAUUGCACAGAUGAUAUCUUGAUGUUCAUAAAUGCUGGGGGAGAUAACUUGAAGGUUUUAGAUUCUGCCUUGAAUAUCCUCAGUGAUACUUAUUUCGAAGGAGGAGACGUGCUAAGAACGGAUGAGCUUAUAGUCGAGGCUGGAGACUAUCCAUUCAUCUAUCAGUCAGCACGUGUAGGGAACUUUUGUUACCUGUUGAACAAUCUUCCUCCGGGAGAAUAUUUUGUCGAUUUCCAUUUCGCAGAGAUUAUUAAUACCAACGGGCCUAAGGGUAUAAGAGUGUUCAAUGUCUAUAUUCAAGGAGAGAAGGUCCUAGAAGAGUUUGAUGUUUUCUCGGUAGUUGGUGCAAACAGACCACUCCUGCUGGUUGAUUUAAGGGUCGUGGUGACUGAAGAUGGGUUGAUUAGGAUAAGGUUUGAAGGAGUGAAUGGAAGCCCAGUUGUUUGUGGGAUAUGUGUGAGGAAAGCACCACAGAUUUCAGUGCGAAGGGUUUCAGAAGAUUAUAUCAAAUGCAGGAAUUGCUCUGCUGAAAUAGAGAUUUCUCCGGCCCGGAAGAGGCUUAUGCGAGUGAAAGCUCAAGACCAGUAUGAGAAGAAGAUACAGGACCUUUCAAAGCAGUGCCAACUUAAGACAAAUGAGUGCCAUGAAGCAUGGAUGUCAUUGACUUCUGCAAAUGAACAGCUGGAGAAGGUGAUGAUGGAGCUCGACAAUAAGACAUUUGAGGCUUGCUCUCUAGAUCAAACCAUGACACAGCAAGCUGUUAGUUUAAGAACCAUAACAAGCAAGUACGAAAGCGAUAAGAGACAUUGGUCCUCAGCAAUUGGAGAUUUACAAGAGAGAAUAAAGAUAAUGAAAAAAGAACAGUCUCAGCUAUCUCAGAAGGCACAUGAGUGUGUUGAAUCCAUCCCUGAAAUGUACAAAAUGGUUGAUGGAGUUCAGGCACUUGUCUCACAGUGUGAAGAACUCAGGCACAAGUACAUCAAAGAGCAGGCCAAACGAAAAGAGUUGUAUAACUAUAUCCAGGAGACCAAAGGCAAUAUUAGGGUUUUUUGCCGAUGCCGCCCUUUGAACAAGGAAGAGACGUCAUCUGGGUGUUCAACAAUUGCUGACUUCGAUGGAGCAAAUGAUGGAGAGCUUGGAAUCACCACAGGAAACUCUUUUAAGAAAACUUUCAAGUUUGACAGGGUUUUUACCCCAAAAGAUGGUCAAGUGGAUGUCUUUGCGGAUGCAUCACCACUGGUUGUUUCUGUGUUGGACGGCUACAACGUGUGUAUUUUCGCAUAUGGACAAACAGGAACAGGAAAGACUUUUACCAUGGAGGGUACUCCACAGAACAGGGGUGUCAAUUAUAGGACACUCGAACAGUUAUUUGAAGUUGCUAAGGAAAGGAGGGAAACAGUUUCAUAUAAUAUAUCCGUUAGUGUCCUUGAGGUCUACAAUGAACAAAUAAGAGACUUGCUGGCAACAUCUCCAGGAUCAAAGAAGUUGGAGAUAAAACAAUCACCUGAGGGAUCUCAUCAUGUUCCUGGAUUAGUAGAAGCAAAAGUGGAAAGCAUCAAUGAAGUCUGGAAUGUGCUUCAAGCUGGAAGCAAUGCUAGAGCUGUUGGAUCCAAUAAUGUCAACGAGCAUAGCAGUCGCUCUCACUGUAUGCUCUGUAUAAUGGUAAAAGCCAAGAACUUGAUGAAUGGUGAGUGCACAAAAAGCAAGCUUUGGCUUGUAGACUUGGCCGGAAGUGAAAGGUUAGCCAAAACUGACGUGCAAGGUGAGCGUCUCAAAGAAGCGCAAAAUAUCAAUAGGUCUUUAUCUGCACUCGGGGAUGUGAUUUAUGCAUUGGCAACGAAAAGCAGUCACAUUCCGUACAGGAACUCAAAGUUGACACAUUUGCUUCAAGAUUCAUUAGGAGGUGACUCGAAGACUUUAAUGUUUGUGCAAAUCAGUCCAUCUGAGCAGGACAUGAGUGAGACUCUGAGUUCGUUGAAUUUUGCAACUCGAGUUCGGGGGGUUGAGUUGGGUCCUGCAAAGAAGCAAGUUGAUACCAGUGAGAUUCAGAAGUUGAAAACAAUGCUUGAAAAAACAAGGCAAGAAUGCAGAUCUAAAGAUGAAUCGCUAAGGAAGCUGGAAGAGAACUUUCAAAACCUGGAGAGUAAGACCAAAGGGAGAGACCAGACAUACAGAAGUCUCCAGGAAAAGAACAAAGAACUCGAGAGCCAGCUUGAGUCAAGAAUUUCUUUGCACAGCCAGUCGGAGAAGCAAUACACGCAGCUUCUAGAAAGACUAAAGGGAAGAGAUGAGAUGUGUAGCAACCUCCAACAGAAGAUCAAGGAGCUAGAGUUUAAGCUUCGAGAAAUUCAACAAUCGGAAUCUGCAACUUUUCAGCAGAAGGUCAAGGAUCUUGAGAAUAAGCUGAAAGAGUCUGAAAGCAGUUCCCUAACAUUGCAACAGAAGAUUAAGGAGCUGGAGUUGAAACAGAAAGAAGACAAAGACCGAGACCAAGAAGUAAUUUUGCUACGUCUUAAGGUGACAGGACUCGAAGCCAGUAUAAAGGAGCAAGAGCAGCACAUACAUCAACUGGAAUCUCGUGAAUUCCCCGAUGCCAUCAAUGCUACUACUGCGAGCGAAGCGAAAACUUGCUUCAAAGACGAUAACUUCCCAAAUGAGAAAAACGAGUCUAAUAUCUUAAGGGCUUCUAACUCGAUUAACCGUCCAAGUAGCCAUUAUCGCAGGUCAUCCAUUUCUCGAAGGAAUGAUUCUUUUCUCCACGAGCCUGUGAGAAAGAAAAGGGAUUCAAGAAGUGGUGACACAGAGAACAAUAACAACGAUGCUUCAUCGGUUCACAUGAACGAGAAACGGAUCAGGAAAUCAGACCCACCAAAAGUGGUUUCGAGACUGACCAGACCUACAAGACAAGCUGCUGGUUCAUCAAACCAAGCGCCCGUUGCUCCCAGGAGGUUUAUUAACAGGGAACAACAACAAGCUCAGGGAGCCAAAGAGAGGGACACCAGGAAGAAGAUUUGGUCAAGAUAAUGGAGUCACAUGUAAGAAAAAAAACUGGUCUGAUUCUACAUUAGGUUAGAUUCGACACGAGUUAGAUUUCUUUGUGUGUCUUGACAAAGUAAAAUCUUGGAUUUGUUAUAACCAAAGUUUUACAUUCAUUCUGACUUGGGUCUGUC